AGUCUCUUUCUUCUGUCUUUUCACAAACGUUCUGAGCUUGUCUAUUCCCGUGUCUCAUAAUGUGUCAAAAACAAAAUACUGUCGUGGAAGCAAUUCAAAUAUAGAAUGUGAGCAUUUUGAUUGGCGGGAGCGCGGCGGGGUAAGUCCGGUGAAGGAUCAAGGUCAUUGUAAUUCUUGCUGGGCUUUUAGUGCUAUUGCAAACAUCGAGAGUCAGUUUUGGAUACAAGGUUAUGACGUCAUCCUUUCUGAGCAGUUCCUAUUGGAUUGUAACUCUAUGGGCGCCGAUUGUAAUUCGGCGAAUCAAGUCGGAGUUGUCCACAUCUUUGCUGAUAUAAUAGCGAAUCUCGGAGGAGUCCCUCUCGAGUCCCACUACCGCAAAUACGACGAAACAAGACGACAGUGUCCGCAGAACAAACCUCAGUUGCUAAACGUUAUUGGUAUGGAACGGGUUAAGCCGGGCGAUGAAGACGCGAUGGUUCAAGCGUUGAGGGAACAUGGACCACUUUCUGCUGGCAUUAACGACAGAAUGAUGCUGCAGCAUCGAGACCCGCUAGAUAUAGACGAGCCUACUGAGGAACAGUGCCCGCCGAGCGAACGGAACCAUGCCGUCCUUAUAGUUGGCUACAGCACCGCUUAUGGCGAUGAUGGACGAGAGGUGCCAUAUUGGAUCAUCAAAAAUUCGUGGGGGACGACCUGGCAAGAAGGAGAUAAGGGGUACUACUACCUUCGCCGGGGGACCAACGCCUGUGGUAUCGCUAUGGACGUGUCUUACGCUAAAGUUGCAGUCUAAACUAUAAAAUACAAUUCCAAAAUAACUCUAAUAUUGUCCUAUAUUUAAUUUGUCGCAUCAGAUAUCUUGUGGGGACACUUACUGUCUUCGUAAAGAAACAAACGCCUGUGGCAUGGCCUGUCUAAAGUUGUCCAUGUUGCGUAAUUUCAUUAGAAUUAUUUUGUUCAUACUAUACUGAACUGUCAUAGCAUACAUCAAGAUAACAGCACCCUCUUGACAAUAGUCAUAUAUUUCUGGUCAAGCUUUACAUUAUAAAUGACUUGUGUCGGGAGUGGAGAAGUGUUGGGGCCAGAACCGGACAGGCACUACUACUCUUUCCAUCGAAGUUUAUUUUUAUUUUAUUUUAUUAAUUAAUAAAUUAUAAAUUAUGAACGACAAACUACUUAAAGAAAUUAUGAAAUUAAAAUAACAAUAGAACACUCCCUGAUAUCAAACACAAUCUAAGCCAAU